AUGCCACCUAAAAAGGAUGAAAUUGACAUCAAUGCAUUACCACCACUUAAACAUCUUUGUGUCGGUAUUCGAAUUGAAGCAGGAAAAGCUCGUGCUGCUAAAUUAAUACACUUACUUAAGGAAUGCAAAUCAUUUCAAAAGAAUGUAACUAGAGAAGAAAUAAUCAAUUUUUGUAAAGAGAAGUAAUUGUAUGUUGAUCCUGCUACUUUAACUGAUAAACAAAAGAAAGUACAGUGUUGCUAUUGAUUAUAGGAUUCUAAAUUUAUGGCAGAAGUAGCUACAGAACUUACAUCAGAAGUUAUGAAUAAGGGAUUUUAGAUGUUCAUAUAGGAUUAAGUCUUAUAGAUAAGGAAAGCCAAGUAUUAAGCAGCACAAGCAUAAGCAGCAGAAAAGGCUGCUCCACCAAAGAAAGACGACAAGAAAGAUGCAAAGAAGGGAGGCAAAGAAGCAGCGGCAGUUGCACCUAUUCCUGAACCUGAAAAAGUUGUACCUGAGAAAGAGUACACUAAAAAUUUUGACAUUGUUUUUAUUGUAUAAGGUUUCCCUUAAGUACCAUAAGAAUAGAUUGAAUUUAUUAUGCAUGUCAAAGAGAAAGUAAUUAAUUGGGGUGGAAUUGAUAUGAAUUUAUUAGAAUAAGGAGAGGAUUUCUAAGAAGAAUUGGAAAAGCGAAUGGAAGAAUUUGUAUAACCAGUUACAAUUAAGAGAUCCUAUUCAGAAGAAUCUCUACAUUAUACAGCUGCAGAAAGAGCAGUUAUAGAAGAAAUCAAAAAAUAAAGAAAUGGUUCUCAGAAGACAGAUCCACUUAGAUAACUUACAAUUAAGGAAUUGAUAUUGGAAAUGGAUUUAGAAGCUGAAGAAGAAACACUUAAAUAAUUCCAUGAAUAAUUGAUUGAAGAAAUAUGUUAAUUUAGUGUAGAUCAAUAGUAAUUUAAUGAAUGGAUUGUGAAUAAGAAACCAAUUCCUUUGAUUACAAAGGAAGCACCAAAAGAUCCAUUUGAUUUAGAAGUUGAACGUAUUAAGCAUGAAGCUCAAUAAGCAGAAGAAUAAUAAAAGGCAGCAGAAGAAGCAGUUGCUGCAGAGAAGAACAAGAAAGGAGCUAAGAAAGAGGCUAAGAAAACUGAUGCAGAAUUAGAAGCUGAGAGAUUGGCUGAAAUAGAGAAAAAUAAAUAAAAUGAAUUGAGAAAAUAAUAAAUCGAAAUAGCUUUGGAAUAACAAUAGAAAAUGAAAGACAAAUUACAUUUAUAAUAUUAUAAGCGAUAAUUAUCUGAUGUGCAAUUAUCAAAAGUAGGACCUUGCAUCUUAUUAGAAUGUCUAUUAGAUUAAUUAUCUGCUGAAGCUGCUUAUAUAUAAAGUUCAAAAGUACCUCCUUGUUUAGAGGAUCAAGAAGAUGCUGAACAAGUUAAUAGGCUUUUAGCUAAUCAAAAAAAGGAAUCAUAAUAAUAAGUAGAGAAUGCAAAAUAAUUGAUAUUGGAUGAAUGUGAUUGGAUUGAAGUAAGAGGACAUUUUGGAUAAUUACAUGAUUAAUAAUUUAUUGUAGAGAGAGAACAUAAGGUUUUCGACAAUUUAUGUUUUCCUGGUAUUGAUAGAUAAGGUAUGCCUGAAAUAGCAGAGAAAUCAGAGAAGCAAAGAAAGGCUAAUAAGGCAAAGUUGCAUCCAUUUAUAAAUGUAGAUGUAAGUGAAUUUGAAAGAAGACAAUUACUUUUAACUUUUGAAGAAUUACUCAAAGAAAAUGAACCUGAAUAAGAAUGGUAUUUGGGAGAUCGUAUAUAUUUAGAGAGACACAAUAAAAAUACUCUUAGAUAAUAGUUUUAUGAAGCAUUAUUACAUGAUCCUUAAGUAGUUUUAAAAUAUUUACCAGAUGAUGAUGCUCUUAUGGUUUGUUGUUAUUAUAAGAAUCCUCCUGGAAGAACAUUAAGAAAGAAGUGGUCAGCUGAAUGGAGAGUAUUACCAAAUUUGGAAUACUUUAUUUAAGUUCGUAAUUUUAAUAGUGAAUACUAUUAUGAUAUUGAUUAUUAAUAAAUUGGUGCUAUUACUGAAAGAUCAAAAAUAAUGUAUCCAACUGAUAAUUCAUUAAUAAUUGCAACCAAAUUUACUNAGAAGUUGAACGUAUUAAACAUGAAGCUCAUUAAGCAGAAGAAUAAUAGAAGGCAGCAGAAGAAGCAGUUGCUGCAGAGAAGAACAAAAAAGGAGCUAAGAAAGAGGCUAAGAAAACUGAUGCAGAAUUAGAAGCUGAGAGAUUGGCUGAAAUAGAAAAGAAUAAAUAAAAUGAAUUGAGAAAAUAAUAAAUUGAAGAAGCUUUGGAAUAACAAUAAAAAAUGAAAGACAAAUUACAUUUAUAAUAUUAUAAGCGAUAAUUAUCUGAUGUACAAUUGUCAAAAGUAGGACCUUGUAUCUUAUUAGAAUGUUUAUUAGAUUAGUUAUCUGCUGAAGCUGCUUAUAUAUAAAGUUCUAAAGUACCUCCUUGUUUAGAGGAUUAAGAAGAUGCAGAACAAGUGAAUAGACUUUUAGCUAAUCAAAAAAAAGAUUAAUAAUAAAUAGAGAGUGCUAAAUAAUUGAUAUUAGAUGAAUGUGAUUAUAUUGAAGUAAGAGGACAUUUUGGUUAAUUGCAUGAUUAAUAAUUUAUAGUAGAGAGAGAACACAAAAUAUUUGAUAAUUUAUGUUUACCUGGUAUUGAUAGAUAAGGCAUGCCAGAAAUAGCAGAGAAAUCAGAAAAACUAAGAAAAGCUAAUAAGGCAAAAUUGCAUCCAUUUAUAAAUGUAGAUGUAAGUGAAUUUGAAAGAAGACAAUUACUUUUAUCUUUUGAAGAAUUACUCAAAGAAAAUGAACCUGAAUAAGAUUGGAAUUUGGGAGAUCGUAUAUAUUUAGAGAGACAUAAUAAAAAUACUCUUAGAUAAUAGUUUUAUGAAGCAUUAUUACAUGAUCCUCAAGUAGUUCUAAAAUAUUUACCUGAUGAUGAUGCUCUUAUGGUUUGUUGUUAUUAUAAGAAUCCUCCUGGAAGAACAUUAAGAAAGAAAUGGUCAGCUGAAUGGAGAGUAUUACCAAAUUUGGAAUACUUUAUUUAAGUUCGUAAUUUUAAUAGUGAAUACUAUUAUGAUAUUGAUUAUUAAUAAAUUGGUGCUAUUACUGAAAGAUCAAAAAUAAUGUAUCCAACUGAUAAUUCAUUAAUAAUUGCAACCAAAUUUACUGUAGGAGAAGUUGAACGUUUAAGAUAUAGAGUUAUUAAAGAAAAUGUUGUAUUUGGAAUAUAAGGAGGUUUUUAUGCAUAAUUUAGAGAUUUGAGAAUGAGUGCUUAAGAUUAGAUAAUGAAUUUGACAUUUAAGAAUGGUCUUUGUUUAAGGUUUACUCAAAAGGGAGAAGUAGUUUAAUAAUAUUUGUAUUAAAAAUAAUAAGAAUAAACUCAAACAUUAUUAAAUUUAUAUGAUAAUGCAGAAAUCAAUCAUGAAUUAGAAAUUAAAAGAGUUAUUACAGGAUAAGGAACAGUAAUAGUUUAUAAAAAAGAUGGAUCAAUCAUAGUAUUAUAUGCAAAUGGUAAUGUUUCUAUGUACAAAAAUGAUAUGUGGAUAACAACAAAUAAUAAAGGAUUUAGAAAAUCAUAGAAGGGAAUAGAAAAGAUUCCUUGUGCUACAAAAAAUGAUCCUGAAAGUGGUGCCAAAGUUUAUAUUAGAGAUGAUCAAACUCUUAUUAUUUAUUAUAAGGAUGGAUCUCAAUAUACAUAACAUUAUGAUGGAACAAUAAUGCUUAUAAAAGGAGAUAAGGUGAUUGUUGAACAUCCUAAUUUUGCUAGUGUUGUAGUCACAAUAGACAAGGUGAAAUAGAGAACUGGAACUAUUAUUGGAAUGGGCAGUGCUUAUGCAAAUGUAGGUUUUGAUAAUAUCUUUGAAAGAAGUAAUGAUGGUAGAGUAGUUGAAACUUAUUAUUAAGGAUGCAAAAUCAUUUCAUAUAUUGAAAAAUAAGAAUUACCAGAGUAUAAAUAAUAUAAAACUAAUCGAAUUCAUUUGAUGUACACUUAAGAUGGAAGUGUUGCUAAAGUAGUUGAUGAUGGAGAGAUUGUCAUUGUAACUGCUGAAGAGAGAGUAAGACUCAAUAAUAAAGGAGAGAAGAAACCAUUAGGAUAAGAUCUAGAUUAUUGGUUAUAAUUGUUUUCUGUGUCAGAUGAACGUAAAGCUGGAGUUUAUACAAUUGAUUUGACUAGAAAAUGUAUUUUUACAAAAGAUGAAGAAUCUAAUUAUUUCUAAAUUGAUGAAGAUGGAACUGUUACAUCUAAGAUAUCAGUAUCCUUAAAUCAAGAACCCUCUACUCCUGAUUAUAUUCCAGAUGGUUUGUUUGUAGAUGAAGAAAAUAAAGUACUUCCACCACCAAAAUCAUGGGUUCCUCCAAGAUUAUUUUUAGUUAAAAAUGAUAAUACUGGUAUAGAAUUAUUUAAUCAAACUCAAUUACAAGAUUACUUUAGACUUAAAUCAGAAAAUCCUUUCUGUACUAAAUUAAUUGAUGAAUUACCAAAUAAUGUCAAAUCUAUUUCAUUCAUCACUGAAUUGAAGAAUUAAGCCAAAAAGUUCAUUGAAGUCAAAAUACCAUAAACAUUAGAUAUUGUACCCAAAACUAUUUAAAAAACAACUAUAAUUCCUCAUAAAGUCUUUACCUAUCGUAAUUUUUUGGAAUACCUUCCUUUUGAUAAAGAUUAAAGAGUUCUUCAUGAAUAAUCAUUAUAAAAAUAUGAAGUUUGGCAAAAGGCUAUGUAGAAAGCAUAAAAUGAAUUUGGAGUUAUUUAAAAAUCUGAAGAUGAAAGAGAUGCUGAAUUUAUUAUUUAAAUGAAAAUCUUGGAAAGCAGAAGAACUGAUUAUUCAUAUGAAUCCUAUGAUUAAGCCAAAAGUAAAAUUACUUUGCCUGAUACAACAUCCAAUAUUGUUGAACCUCUAGAAUAAACUCUAGUUAAAACAGCUAAAGUAUAGUAAGUUGUCUAAUAAGCCUUUAUUGAUGUACAAAGGAAAGUACAAACUAUUUAACUCUAAAAAUCCAUCAAACCAUCUGUUGAAGCCUAAGGAUUUGUAUUAAAUUACUUUGAUACAAAAGAAGGACACGAAUAUUUGAAAACAGCACCUGAAGAUCCUCCAAUAAAAAAACCAAGAGAAAGAAUACAAUAACCUACAGAAGAACAAUAAUAACAAUAGUUAACAUUGAAUCAAUAAGAUGCUUAAAAAACAUUACCAGAAGGAAUAAUUCCAUUAGAAUAACCUUAAUUGCCUUCACCAUAAUAUAAUAAUACCAAUAAUCUUACAAAAGUAAUUAUUAAGCCCUCUGUAUUCACUCAAGCAGAAAUUGAUGAUGAAGUUAAACAAAGAAAACUACUUGAUGACUCAAUCAGAUAUAGAUAAGUUAAAAAGAAAGAUUUUGAUGUCUAUGGAAAGGAUAGAAAAGAUAUAAAAUUGGUGCCUUGUCUUCUUAAAACUAAUCCAAAAUCUGAAUUGAAUUAAAAGUACAUUUUAACAGAUGCUUCAACAGAUAAUAGAAUUAAAAUUAGUUCUAUGGCUACUAGAAUUUAUUAAUAAGCUGCUCCUAUUAGUUAACUUAGAAAUGAAGGCAUGCAUCAAACUAUAAUAAGGACUUUUGAUAAGAAAAACAACUUAGAUGAUCUUAUUGAUAAAAAGAAUCUAAUGGUUACUGGUGAUAUAAAUGAUAGAUUAAAAAAGGAUCUGUUAAUUUAUCCUAUAAAUGUUUAGUUUGGAGAACUUAAACAAGGUGGAUAAUACGAAUUCAAAAUUUCUGUUAAAAACGAGGAUAUUAUGGCUUAACGUAUAGUUUUAAAGUAGCCAUUAAAUAAUAAUAUCAAAGCGUUAAUGAAAUAGAUGGGAUCAGUAUUCUAAUUUAUUAAUUAUUUUUUUAGAUAUCCCUCGGUUUAGUCAGAGAAGUAUUUGUACAUAUUAAUGCAGAAAGAGUUGGGCAAUUUUCUGAUGAAUUGUAAAUUAUGUCAAAACAUUCAAUUUAUACAAUACCAAUUACUGGUAAUGUACUUGAAUAAAAUAUGUUUGAUAAACUCAAUUCAGAAUAGAUCAAACUCACUAAUAAACCUCUCUUAAGAAAAUAUGUUAAAGAUUUGAAAGAUGUAUUAUAUUAUAAAUUAUUAUAUACAGACUAAACAAUAAGAUAUAAUUGGAGAUAGUUAGGAUUCUGAACUGUUACCAAAAAUAAAUUAUGAUAAGAAUGUUAAAAUUGAUGCUUUUUAAAAUUAAAAGAAGGAUGAAUAAUCAUAUGAGGAGGAAAAUUGA